GCCGGGCCCACAGAGACACUGGGGGUGGAGCUGGCUCCGUCCCCCACUGCACUGCCUCAAGCAAUCAGCCUGAAACCAAACCAGCUGCCGUCAGUUCACUCCAACUCAGGAGGACCCCAGUCCCAAUGAACAACUCUGCUUCAGAGACCCGUGGACACCUCCACAGUGCCUCCUCACCGUCGGAACGGGCAUUCGCAAUGCCUCUGCCCAGGAAGGCCCCCCUCAAUACCCCUGGCACCCCUAUCCUUGAAGACUUUCCGCAGAACGAUGAUGAGAAGGAGCGACUGCAGCGGAGGCGCUCCAGGGUCUUCGAUUUGCAGUUCAGCACGGACUCGCCUCAUGUGCUGGCCUCUCCCUCCAGUAGGAGUAUUGACAGUUCAGUUACAAUCUCCAAGUUUACAAACACACAGAUAACAGAGCAUUACUCCACCUGUAUCAAAUUAUCCACAGAAAAUAAAAUCACUACCAAGAAUGCUUUUGGCUUGCAUUUGAUUGAUUUUAUGUCAGAGAUUCUUAAACAGAAAGACACCGAACCGACCAACUUUAAAGUGGCUGCUGGUACUCUGGAUGCCAGCACCAAGAUCUAUGCUGUGCGUGUUGACGCAGUUCAUGCCGACGUGUACCGAGUCCUUGGGGGACUGGGCAAAGAGACCCCGGAAGAGGAGGGCCACGAUGCAGAUGCAAGUGCUACCGAAGUGGGAACAAGCAAAAAGGCGCCGAAGCCAAAAAAGAAGCACUCAUACAAAACCAUUGAGCAGAACCUUAACAACCUCAACGUCUCCGAAGCAGAUCGGAAGUGUGAGAUUGACCCCAUGUUUCAGAAGACUGCAGCCUCCUUCGAUGAGUGUAGCACAGCAGGGGUGUUCCUCUCUACCCUCCACUGCCAUGACUAUAGAAGCGAGUUGCUUUUUCCUUCUGACCUGCAGACUCUAUCCACCAGAGAACCUCUUGAGUUUCCUGAUUUAGGUUGGGUGGAAAUGACAGAUUUAGAAGCCCCCUUGCAGCAGUGUGCAGAGGACCGCCAGAUCUGCCCCUCCCUGGCCGGCUUCCAGUUUACUCAGUGGGACAGUGAGACACACAAUGAGUCUGUGUCAGCCCUGGUGGACAAAUUUAAGAAGAACGACCAGGUAUUUGAUAUGAACGCCGAGGUGGAGGACAGCGACUGCGGAGACUGCCCUGAAGAGCCCCCAGAGGACGACUUCUAUGCCAACGAUGAAGCUGACCACGCCACAGUUGGCAAUCAGGAAGAGUUCAGGAGCUGGAAGGAGCCCUGCCAGGUUCAGAGCUACCAGGAAGAUGUCAUUCCCCUUGGGGACGGAGACAUUGGGACCAUGUGCCCCCUUCUGUCCAUGAAACCUGGAGAAUAUUCCUAUUUCAGUCCCCGCACCAUGUUGAUGUGGGCUGGCCCGGAUCAUUGGCGCUUCAGACCGCGACACAAACAAGAUGCUUCCUCAAAACCAGAGAACAAAAAGAAGAGUGCGAAGAAAGACUUUGAAAUUAACUUUGAAGAUGAUAUUGACUUUGAUGUGUAUUUUCAAAAAACAAAGGCUGCUACUAUUCUGACCAAGUCCACUUUGGAGAACCAGAAUUGGAAGUCCACAACUCUUCCCACAGAUUUCCACUAUGAGACUAAUAACCUUGUCCAGCUGCACCUCAAGCCAGGCAUCAGGUUACUUAAGUUGGCCCAGGACCAGAAGACAGGAACUGAGCAAUAUGAAGAAAUUGGAGACUAUGAUUACAAUAACCCUAACGACACAUCCAACUUUUGCCCUGGGCUACAGGCUGCUGACAGUGAUUACGAAGAGUCGGAUGACUUAUUCGUGGGACCUACUGGGGCCUUUGACCUCACACUUUAUCCUGGCCAUCCACCUAAGACAAUGCAAGAAAAUAACAAUGCCCCCGAAGUCCAAGGACUAGACAUCGUGACCUAUGGGGAGUCGAAUCUGGUAGCUGAGCCUCAGAAGGUAAAUAAAAUUGAGAUUCAUUAUGCCAAGACUGCCAAAAAGAUGGACAUGAAGAAGCUGAAGCAGAGCAUGUGGGGUUUGCUGACAAAGUUCUCAAAGAAGCAAGUGGACGCAGAGGCAAACCACAGUGAGAUGGAAAAAGAAGGGGGCCUGGAGGAGGUGGCUGAUGAGAAGCUGUUCAGUGGGCUCACAAAGGACCUGAAGAAGAGCCUGCCUCCCCUCAUGGCCCAGAACCUCUCCAUACCUUUGGCCUUUGCCUGUCUCCUACAUUUAGCCAAUGAAAAGAACCUGAAGCUGGAAGGAACUGAGGACCUUGCUGAUGUUCUCGUGAGGCAAGGGGACUGAGUUCCCUGCAGAGAAGACAGUAGAAGGAGACCCAUCUCUUCUCAGUGACCUGGGCACAUAUGCUCUGGUGGAGGAAGGAGCUGUGUGGACUUGUGGCCAGGCUCUGGCCAAUGCCUGGAGCCUGCAUGUUCUCUUCCCUUCUCCAUCGCAGCCUGGGAGCCAGCACCUUGACUCACUGUCCUUGAUUAAAGUUUUCUGCCCUUCCUGGGUGUCAUGAUCACCCAGGAAGGAGGUGGCCAGAGGCAGGAGAGGGCAAGAAAACGUCUUGAAUAUGGACACCUAUUUCCAUUCUGUGUGUCAAAAUACAUUGUGUGCAUGCUUAUAAAUGUGUGUGUAAUACUUAAAAUUCUGAACGAUAUACCUGGCACAACAUGAGUAUGAGAUAAGUAUUAGACCUGGCCCUUGCCCUUGCUUGCUAGACGAGACACCCCCGUGCCAGUGUAAGGCGGGAAAUACUCAAGUGCUGGCGGGAUGCGCCUUGCAGGGGAGAGGAGGAAGAAGUCACUGGCUGGAGAUUCAGAUUUCAAGGUUGUCCCUGUUCACAUACCUAGGAAUCCUGCUAGAUGGUGACGGUGCUCAUAGCUGCUAGCCUUCCCCAAGUGCCCGCCGAGUAUCUCCUGGGAACUGCUUCCUUCAGCCUUCCCAGCAACCCCACGAGACACUGUUAUCACUCCCAUUUGACAGAAGCGAAAACAGGUAUACGAAGGUAAAGUAACGGGCAUAAGGACAGACAGCUAAUGGCCUUGAGCCCGGUAAUUCUUCUCCAGAGCCUUUGUUCUUGGCCCCUGUUCCAUGUGCUGCUCAAACCGCAGGCUCAGUAAUGAAGAGCAAAGGCUCAGAGAGAUUCGCCCAGCCCCACAGACCCACCGCACCCACAGCGGCAUAGAAUUCUUCCCAUAACCUGAGGGGAACGGGGUGCAAAGAGCACCAAACUGCAGAGUCAGAGCCAGCAUCUCCCCAAGGCUGCCCUCACUUCAGACAACAGCCACAAGUUCAGGGCUAUCCCAGGCCACCCUCACUCCAGACUAGCUGGCUACAGGUUCCAUAACUGGCUAAGAAGACUCACAGAACUGGCUGAUGUGUUAUACUCACAGGGAAAGGAUGCAAACUAACCAGCCAGAGGAAGGGACAUGUGAGCAGACUGUGGGAGGGCCCAAGCAGGGAGCUUCCGUCGUCCUCCCCCGUGGAGGCCCGGCUGCUGCUCUCUUCCUUUUUCCUUGUCCUCUUGGGUUUAUACCUGUCUUCUCUACUGUCAUUCUAUUGUAGUCAAGGAGGAGAAAGCUCAGCUUGUAAGGUCACUCGGCCAUCUUUAUCUGAAAAUGCUAUGUGAUUUUUUUUUUUUUAUAUACUUUUUAUCAUGCUUUAAGUGAAAGUUCACAAAUCAAGUCAGU